GAAGCCGAUAAGGCAAGUCACACUUUUUUUAUUAACUCUCCAUUUGGAAGUACCGGUCGGAUGAAAUAUAUUUUUAUUGGACACGUAUUUUGGAUUUACCCUGUAAUAUAAAACGUUGUUUUAAAGAUAUUCCAACCGAAUUCUGAAUUGAACGACUGCGUUGCACAGAAACCUGGACUUUUCUGAAAAACUGCAGAAAUUUAGGACUAUUAUCUAGCCCGGUAAUAUUUACCAUCCUUUAAUUAGCAGUUUAUACGUGUGUUGGUAUUUGCUUUGUUCACGGGACAUCAUAAUGCAGCUUUAGAAGUUUGUUACCUAAGUAGCGUUCACAACGCACUUGUUUUUGCGUUCGUCUGCGCUGUUUUUUUAAUUGUUUUCUAUGUUUUUUCAGCGUCUCGCGCAGGACUGCUGAGUUUUUAGACGCCGAAGAACUUCAACUUUAAAUAAAGCGUCUCGGGACGCCUGCAUUCUGUUUCAGUCGUUGCGUUGCGCUUUAUUUUUUAGCGCAAGAACGGUUUAUGUGUGAACGGCCCGUUUCAUGCGACCAGACAUCCUCCAUCUGUCCCAUCUGCGCGGCAGCACCGGGACGGUGGACAUCACAAGACAUUUACGGAUAGAGACUGGACGACACGCCGUGAUUUGAAUGCCUUGGCGGGGACUUUGCUGGCUAAUGUGCUGCAGAGAAGGCUUCAGUUUGCUGGCCCGGGAUCAUGGUGAAAAAGAGGAGGAAGAGUCGUUCGAGUUACGCAAUCAGGACGAGCAGAAACAAAUGGGAGGGGGGCAACUAGAGGUCACUCUGUCUCAGCCCACUCGUUCAGCCAACGGCACUCCCUGUCUGUCAGGAGUUCCUGAGGAGAAGAGAAGUCUCAUCACAGAGAAGAGCAAGAUGCCGGUGGAGGAAGAGCCUGAAGUGCUUGUGAAAGGCUGGCUCCUGCGGGAGGUGCAGGACGGCUGGCUCCGGCAGAGGAGGUUCUGGUUUGUGUUGACGGCUGACUCUCUUGACUACUACACCGGCCCAGACAGAGAUGCUCGCAGACUGGGCACGCUCGUACUAACCUCCCUCUGCUCUGUGCUGUGGCCCGAUAAACAUACCUACAAACAGACAGGUUACUGGAGUCUGACAGUGUAUGGCCGCAAGCAUUGCUACAGGCUCUUUACAAAGCACUACAACGAAGCGGUGCACUGGGCGUGUGCCGUGCAGAAAGUCAUCGACAGCAAAGCGCCAGUGGAGACGCCAACUCAGCUUCUCAUUCGAGACAUCGAGGAGAACAAAUUCAAUCCAGAGGUUGUGGAACACAUCUAUAAGCAUAAUCCCAUACUACGGUACACACAGAGCCCUCUCUACGCCCCACUACUGCCUUUCCCCUACGGCAGUCUCCACCACACAUAUAUGGCCAAUAAAGGCUACACAUCCGUCCGUGAGGAGGCGGUGAGGCUGUUCAACUGUCUCCAGCAGUUAGAGUCAGCCCGCGAGCCCAUUCCUCUAAUCCAGGGAAUCCUGCAGACCUGCCUCGACCUGCGGCCGCUGAGAGACGAGCUCUACUGCCAGCUCAUCAAACAGACCAGUGUCACCAACUCGCAUUCACGAAGCCCGACACACCUGCAGACGCAGCCGAACCUGCAUCUCAGAUACUGGCAGCUGCUUACCUGCAUGAGUUGCACCUUCCUGCCCAGCUGCAGCAUACUCAAAUACCUGCGCUUUCACCUGAAGAGGGUUCAGAGUUUGUAUGUGGACCCAGAGGUGGAGAGCUACGCGUCAUUCAUAGCCCAAUCUCUGGAAAAGACACGUGGCCGUGAGUGUGUUCCCUCAUGGGAAGAGAUCCAGGGGCUCAUGGGGAGGCAGGAGAUACUGUGUACUGUGCACUACCCUGGACCAGGCUGCUGCCAGAUCCCAAUCACCUCGCACACUACGGCUAAUGAGGUCGUGAGGAAAAUGGCAGAGUGCCUCGGACUGCAGGACAGCAGAAACACAUUUGCUCUUUUUGAGCAGAAUUCAUGCUGGGAGAAAGCUAUUGGAGGCAGCACCAUAAUUGCUGAUGUCAUCACCAGAUUUGAAAAUCUGUCAGCUAAUGACCCAGACUCUGACUCUCAGUGGAGACUCUGCUUUAAGCUCUACUGUCUGCUGGACACAGAUAACAUCAGCACAGACAGCAUUGAGUACCUCUUCCUCUAUGAGCAGUGUCAUGAGAUGGUGGUGCGAGGGCAGUUGCCAGCCCGUGAGGAUGACCUGCUUUCCCUGGCAGCACUGAGACUGCAGUGCCUGCUGGGAGAUUUCAGUGCCCUCUCUCCGUACCCACCCCUGGAGCAGCUCUUCCCAGCUGAAGUUGUGGAGGCCCGGGCCCUGCUGGCCCCCGUGGAUCCCCCCGGCUGCCCUUCCUUCCCCGGGGGUCUGCUGGCCGGGACGCUGUGGGGGCACAAGCGCCGACAGGAACAGGACCAAAGACUGCGGGCCAGACUGAGGGAGGAGGGCGCCGUGGUUAUGUCAGCCAUAUUGGAGCGCUGGAAAGCCCUAGUGGGAUACAGUCGCAGCGACAGCAUGGCCGCCUAUCUCACAAUCGCACGGCAGUGGUCGGGGUUCGGCUGCACGCUCUAUGAAGUGGACUUCUACAUAAGUUCGACAGGAAGCUUCUCUCAGAAGUUGUGGCUGGGCGUGGCUGCUUCCUGUGUGUCUCUUUAUCGUCAGGGUGAGGCUGAAGCUCUGGAGUUUCUUCCCAUUGGUCAGAUCUGUUCCUACGGUGUGUCUGACAGCAACACAUUCAGGAUCACCGCAGGAGAUCGGGACCUGCUCUUUGAAACCACCAAGCUGACUGAGAUCAUGCAGUUGAUGAAUGCUUACUUCAGUGCCACCCGUCGCCAGCUAGGCAAGGAUGACUGCAUCUCCAUGGAAACUAACCCUAAGCUCCACCCCUCCCUACUUGAGCUACCCUCUCACCCGGUGUGAAGAGAAUGACUCGCACGCACACACGCAUGUGCAGUCCUGGCUGAUUGCUCCCCUGAGCUCUGCAAAGUGUAGACGUUAUCUGUCCAGAAACAAGAAAGGAGAUGUGUCUGUGUGGAAAAAGACUGGAUGAUGCCGGGGGAAACCAAAGAGCCACAACAGAGGAGUAAGUUCAGGAACUCAGCCUCGCUACACCGCCAACCAAAUCCAGAGAGGACACAGGGCCCCUCAACUGGCCCCUGCCACCUAGGAUCCCGCCAAAUAUCACAGACCUCAGAGGGGGAGAGAGUACGACUUUAAACAAAGCACAUAGACAAAAAGAGAGCUAAGAAAAGAGCAUGAUUUAAGAGAAACUCAUGUCUUCUCAGUGCACUGCAGGAAAAGGAUGCAAACACGCUGCCAUUUCACCCAUACGAACACACACUUGCUCUGUUUUUACGUUCCUUUAGAAACUCCCGGCUGGCUCGCUGUUAAACUCAUUCAUCGAACCUUAUAUGACCUUGUAACGAAAGCACGGUCAAGUCACUUUUCAUUACACAGACUUUCAGAACUAUCCUUUACAGAAAUGAUGCUUGAAUGUGUGCUUGUGUGUGAUUUGAAUAUUUUAAGCUGUAGAACAGAAACCAAAGGAUCUUGAGCUUAUCUGAAAGAUGUGAGUGUAUUUGUGAAAAUGCUUUGAGCCUGACCUGGUGCUGCGUGACUGAGCUGUUAGCUUACAGUAACAACACUGUGCUUCCUGUAGCCACAACAGCCUCAUAUCCUGAAAUCCAGUUUAAACGGCUGAUUUAAACACCCUGUUAAAGGUAAUGACAUUUUGACAUUUUCAAAAACAUGACCAUUUUGCUUCUCUCAAAGCAUCCCAGACCUCAUAAAAUGUUUUAAAAACACUGAAAAUGCAAGACAAAUACGCAACACUAUUGAUAUGCUACAUUAUUGUCCCAUAUUCUAUAGAUAUGACAUUUCCAUAAGAGCCUAAUCUGUAGCCUCUGUCUGUUGCUUGACUAACGGCUCAAGCACAGUGUCUCUCAUCUGCUGAGGAAGCAUAUUGUCUUUCUAUGUGUGUUUAGAUUCUACUAGAUUUAUUUAUGGCUGUCUGAUGUACACAUUGUUUGGAAGUACUUUUUUUUUUUUUUUUUUAUGUUCUUUUUACUUUUGUUUUAUAUAUCUUUCAUAAAGACCUGUAUUUGUAUUUUAGUGCUUGCAUUGGAAAUAAUUACGAAGAGCUGAUGAUAUCAUAAUGAUGUCAUAAUGUUUCUAUAGUUUUUAUUGUUAUUUGUUGAGUUCAUCUUUCCCCUGUUGCAAGAGGUCUACAAAUGGCAUCAUAUAACUUGUUAAUAAUCAGUUUAUUACUGUAUGUACACUACCGUUCAAAAGUUUAGGGUCACUUACUCAUUCUUUAUUUUUUUUUUUCUUCACAUUUUAGAAUAACAGUAAAGUCAUCACAACUAUGGAAUAAUAGAAAUGGAACUAUGGGAAUUAUGUUGUGACUAAAAAAAUCCAAAAUAAAUCAAAACUAUGUUAUAUUUUAGCAUCUUCAAAGUAGUCACCCUUUGCCUAGAUUUUGCAGAAAUGUACUCUUGACAUUUUCUCAACCAGCUUCUUGAGGUAUCACCCUGGGAUGCUUUUUAAACAGUAUUGAAGGAGUUCCCAUCUAUAUACUGGGCACUUAUUGGUUGCUUUUCUUUAUUAUUUGGUCCAAGUCAUCCGUUUCAAAAACUGUUUUUUUUUUUUUUAUAUAUAUAUAUAAAAUUUUAGUUUUAUAAUGAAAUAAAUUAAUAUGUUGGCACAAUUAUAUUUUUGUCUACAAAACUAAUUUCAAACAUUUAAGCAUACGCCUUCAGAUCAGAAGAUUUUUAAGAUCAUGAGAAUCAUUUCAGUCAGGUGACCCCAAACUUUUGAACGGUAGUGUAUAUUCAAUAGGAUUAUUCUUAUUUUAAGUAAACCAAAUAUGAAGUCAUUCGCCUUAUUCAAAGUCACGUUUAAACAUGGACCAAAUAUCCAGAGGUUGGGGGUCUUCUUUCCCUUGGUUUCUGUCCAGCUGCCCCCCAGUGACUGCCAAACAAACUUUCACUAAAGCAAUAAAACCUGCCCAAUUACCCUGAGCAUGAGCCCAUUUUCAGUAUGGGGCUUCAGGUUGCCUUCAGAGGAGCCAAUAGUGCCUGUCAAACAUAUGGUCUGUACACCAUAUAGCAGCUUAAACACAUACAUGCCAUAGUAUGGCUUUUUUUUCCCCUUUCUUUUUUUUCCUGUAUACAUAGUUUAUUUGGUCUACACUACUUUUGCUCCAUACAACUGACAAAAGGUUAUCAACCACUUGACGUUCAAAGGUGGAGGGCAAUCACAACCUAUGUUGUUCAUUUUGGAUUUAAUUUUGUUCUUUACAUUUAAUGUUUGAAAUAUAAGUAGCGUCUUUUGCCCCACUGUUAAACCAGACUAUGUUCAUAUUCAGCCCCUAUGAUCAGAAUCAGCUUUAUUGCCAAGUAUGCUUACACAUACAAGGAAUUUGUCUUGGUGACAGGAGCUUCCAGUGUACAAUACAAAAACAAUACAAAAACAGCAUCAAGACAUAGAUAAUAAAAAAUUAUUAUACACAUACGUACAUACACACACACACAGACACACACACGUACAUACAUACACACAUACACAUACGUAGUGCAAUCUAAUACAAAUCUGUUAUCCGUAAUGUACAGUGCAAAUACAAAUCUGUUAUGUACAGUGCAAAUGUUUUUUUUUUUUCCUGUUUUUGUUCCCAGAGUAAUGAAAUGGCAGAAGAGGUUGGAUGUGUUGGAUAAAUAUAAAAAAGACUAUGAUGGCAGUAGUGGUUGUCAAGUUGUUCUUGCGUUCUUUCCAUGUCACUCUGCAGCUGCAGGCAGCUCUGCCCACUGUCAUACAUGUAACAAAACUCAAAUGUCAUCCUCUGAUGCUUUAGAUGGUUUGUAUGCUGCAUGGUACCUUAUAUGACACGUGUAAUAGUCGAUUGCACUAUUGUUUGUACAGCUAACUUAAAUGUGCAAAAUGAUGAAUACUGUAUGUAAUAAAAAGCACCGUUAAACCAUAA